UUACAGCUUAAUUCACCUAGUAAGCAAGCCCUGGGUGCCAAAAUAUUAACUAUUAAACGUGGGAUGGACAUUUCUUGUAAUGUGUUGACAUUAAAAACAACAUUAUGCGUAAUUUGUCUUCCCCCAUCCUGGCCAAGAUAGCGGCAGCAGCAGCAGCAUAUAAAUCAGAUAAUCAGUAAUCAAAGAUCACAAAACAAAAAGGAAUUACAGGGGCAAUGUAACACUAGAAUAACAAGAAUAAAUAUAACAUAACAAGGAAUAUAAAAAUGAGAGAUUAAAAGCCUUGAAAAAAAACAAUACAAUAAAUCAAUCACAAAAUAGAUAAUAACUGUCAGAUUUUUUAAAUUGUAAUUUAAUUGCAUAUUUCCUUCACAGCCAUUCCGGGACCUUAGCUGUAAAACACGUACAGUAGAUUUUCAUUUCGUUUUACAUCUGUGGUUGGUGUUGACAGUACUUUUUACGCGGCACCACCCUUUCCAAUUCCCAAAUGAGUCUAUUUGGAUUUCUGUCAUUAGAGUUAUAAGUAAUGUUGCAAUGUACAAAAAAAACAACAAGAGGAACAUAUAUAUUUGUCCAUACAUUGCCUGUAUAAAAUAUAUAACAUGAGUUAUUGUCAGCUUUGGUGUAGUAACAGUAUUUUAUGGACAUUUCUGUGAUUUGUCACCUUGCUCAAAUGUGCAAGCUCAGAGAGCAAAGGGAAAAGUUGCCACUUCAAGACUUCUACGCAUUGGGUUUUAAGAAGAUCUGAAGAAAAGAAAUAUUUGAAGGAAAAAAUUGAUUGAUUUUGCAACUAUUAUUAUUAUUAUUAUUGUUUUUACACAUACAGCAGUGGUGUCUGUGGGUCCCUGAACAAUGAGGAAGACGAGCCAAAGUUACAGUCAGACAACGGGUAAUCUGUUAUGGGACUGAGUUGCCUAAUGUUUGCAGUUCUUCAUGUGUUACGAAUCUUUUAUCUCCUAAAUUUAGUUCUUGUGGCUCCUCGGUAUCUGGAUUAUGUGGUUGAAAAGAGGCAUACUUUGUCAUCUUGCAGAGAUUUCGGUUCACAGUCUCAAACUCGUGCUCUGUUCCCUCCAUGCUGUGGGAUAGCAUCUGGAGGUGAUGUCAUUGGAUAGUUUUGAAAAACUCGGAGAACAACUUUUUUCACCUGCUCGGGUCAGUUUUCAUUGUGCUCUGCGCCCAGCAUGGUGGCCCCUCACCCACUGAACACAACCCCGCAAUAGUAGCGGGGUUAAAAGUUCCCACCCACCCAGCCUCUGUAUAUUUGAACACCCAGCGGUACAGCAGCCGGUGGCUCUGGCUUGACUGUAGAGUUAAACAAUGACGGUCAGCAAGAUUAUCAAAUAUUUGCUUUUCACCUUCAACUUUUUGUUUUUUGUGGGUGGGAUCACUAUUCUUGGUUUAUCCACACAUGUCAGGAGCGCCAAAGCAGACUACCAGAUCAGUGAUGACCUUCUCCCAGCCGUCAACCUCCUGGUAUUUGUCUGUGCCGUGACUCUGAUUUUUGGCUUCCUGGGCUGCUGUGGAGCGAUCCGAGAGAACAGGUGCCUGCUGGCGAUGUUCUUCCUGGGCCUGCUCUCAAUGCUCCUCAUGUUGUUGGCUGUGGGUGUGCUGGGAGCCAUAGCGAGAACUUCAGCUGCCCAGGAGGUGGUGAAGGAACACAUGAAGGAGCUGCUUUCGCUCAGCGAACAGCCGAGGGAGGUUCAGGAGUCGUUUCAGCAGGUGGAAAGGAACGGCUUCUGCUGUGGAUUCUUUGUUGGACAUCUUGAUUGGGGAAACUCAAAGGUAGUGCCCAGCUCUUGUAACUGCACCGACAGCUCCAGGAAUUGCACGGUCGUGGAUGGACGUGAGGUAUACUCAACCCCGUGUAUGAAGUACAUUAUGACGUGGUUGGAUAGAGUAUCAGACUCGCUCAUGGGGACUGCCUUAGCAUUUGGCAUCUUGAUGAUUCUGGGUAUGAUAUUGUCAUUAGUCCUGCUCUGUCGGAUUUGGAGUAGUAAGAACAGCAUCAUUUAAAAUAUUUCGCACAAGGCCUGAAGUUCACAGGAGUUGAUUGAAGGACCAGACCAUCAUGUUAGUCUUGACUGCAUUUUUUCUGAUCGUAGCCUCACUGUAAUUCUUGAAAUGUGUCCACUCUUUUGUACCAGCGUAAAUAUGUUUUGUAGAUUUUAACUAUAUACUGCAUAUUG